AUGGCAGGGACAGCGAAUCAGCGCUUGCACGCAUUGGAAGGUACAGAUUGCGAAGUUGAUUCCACAGUGAAUUUGGGUGUAAAUGGUGAACAGGUCCUCGAGACGUCGGUGUCCGUCAGAGAAACCGAUAUCCAGAAUAGAGGCGACUCCAAGACGUCUAAUCACACUGUACUGUCGGGCAGACUUCACCCUCGACUGCACGACUCUGUCAAACAAGGCGGUGGAUUGGUUGGCGAUAGGAUCGCAGCCGUCGGUGCUGACCAGAAGACGUUUGUGCUGGAGACAGGCCUGGCGACCUGCGAGGCCCAUGAGACUAUCCGAGCGUCAUGCGCCGAUGUCAGGCAGAUGAGCCUUAUUGGAGGCUUGAGAGGCAGCGGAACCAAGGAGACAAGCGUAGAGUUGAGCAAGAUGAAUCGCGAAGCAGAGGAGGAGGAAGAAGAAGAGGGCAAUGGUCGGGACGAUGACGAAGAUGAGAUGGAGAGAAUUGAGAGCAUGCAACAAGCGUCUCUUCAGCUGAAGAUGAACUCUAGAAGAGUUGGACACCAUUCCGUGCAAAAUCUGGCCAAGCCUCACAAUCGGCCAGCAGACUUGGCCGGCCCAGUCUCACCGGCCUGGCGUUGGCCGUCCGGUACCCCAGGCCGGCUGGAUCGUCUUCGCAAGCAGUGGGCAACGUUGGGAAGAUGUUCGGGCCAAUCAACUCCGCGUAGUCUUUUCGCGGAGGCUCAGAGCGAGCUCAACACUGCAAGGUCGAGUAAGUUGCCCGGUCCAGUCUGGCCGGAAAGCGUGAAAGUAGAGCGACAGAUGAAGAAGAAUAGUCAGAAUAGAGCUCACAUUGUUCAGCUUACUUCCAUGCCGAGUGGAAGUGUUGGGUGA